AUGGAAGCCAAUAUCAACUUUCUAACCACUUGCAUUGCCCUUCUGUUUCUUCACCCUCUUGUUUUUGCUAAGGGAGGAGGAGGAGUUGAUGAACUCUCCUCCCUUCUCUCUAUCAAAUCCGCCAUUGUUGAUUCUUUAAGUUUUCUCAAAGACUGGGACUCGCCGACCACAUCACACUGCAACUGGACUGGAAUUUCAUGCAAUCAACAUGGUUUUGUUGAAAAAAUCGAUCUUUCCAACAUGAAUCUCACCGGAAACAUCUCCGAGGAUUUCCAACACUUCCUUCAUCUUUCUUUUCUCAACAUUUCUUCCAAUGGCUUCUCUUCGAUUCUCCCAAAAUCACUUGCCAAUCUCACUUCACUCGUUACCAUUGACGUUAGUCAAAACAACUUCGCUGGAGAAUUCCCGGAAGGUUUCGGAAUUGGAGCAAAUCGAUUGAAGUCCGUCAAUGCUUCAAGCAACAAUUUUUCUGGGUUCCUCCCGGAGUAUCUCGGAAACGCCACAUCACUCGAGACACUUGAUUUUCGUGGUAGUUUUUUCGAGGGAUCAAUUCCGAAAAGUUUCAAGAACCUGCAAAACUUGAAGUUCCUUGGACUCUCCGGGAACAAUCUGACCGGAAAAAUCCCACCGGAGAUCGGCGAUCUUUCUUCUUUGGAGGUUAUCAUUAUUGGGUACAAUGAAUUUGAAGGUCCAAUCCCGCCGGAGAUCGGCAACCUUACCAAUUUACAGUACCUGGACUUGGCAGUGGGCACACUCAGUGGUUCAAUCCCGGAAGAAUUGGGUCGGCUCAAGAAACUCACCACAGUAUACAUUUAUCAGAACGAUUUCCAAGGCAAGAUUCCUCCGGAAAUCGGAAAUCUUUCUUCGCUUAUUUAUCUUGAUCUCUCCGAUAACCGUUUUUCCGGCGAGAUCCCGGAAGAGAUAGGUGAUCUGAAAAGCUUAAAGUUAUUGAAUCUGAUGUGUAAUCAGCUCACAGGUUCUAUUCCAAACAAGAUUGGUGAGUUGCCAAAUUUGGAAAUACUCGAGUUAUGGAAGAAUUCAUUGACAGGUUCAUUACCGGUGAACCUUGGAAUGAAUUCGCCGUUACAGUGGUUAGAUGUUUCUUCAAAUUCCUUGUCAGGUCAGAUUCCGGCAGGAUUGUGUGAUUCCGGUAACCUCACAAAACUGAUCCUCUUCAACAACUCAUUAUCCGGUUCUUUUCCGGUUGGUCUUUCUAGUUGUUCUUCCUUGGUUCGAGUUCGGGUUCAAAAUAACUACAUUUCGGGGAUGAUUCCAGCCGGGUUCGGAUUAUUGCCGGAGCUACAACGAUUAGAAUUGUCACACAACAAUUUGAGUGGUAAAAUUCCUCAUGAUCUCACUUUAUCGACUUCGCUUUCAUUCAUCGAUGUCUCCUCGAACCAUCUCGUAUCCAGUUUGCCGUAUAGUAUCUUAUCGAUUCCGAAUCUCCAAACUUUGGUUGUUUCUAACAAUAAUUUAGACGGUGGAAUCCCUACUCAGUUUCAGGAUUCCCCGUCUUUAUCUGUUCUCGAUCUAUCGAGCAACAAUUUCUCUGGGGAGAUUCCGGGGAGCAUAGCUUCUUGCCAGAAGCUAGUGAAUUUGAAUUUAAGCCACAAUCAACUGAUCGGAGAAAUCCCGACCUCAGUAGGAAGCAUGCCGAUGUUAUCCGUUCUUGAUCUCUCAAAUAAUUCACUUGUCGGACGGAUUCCUGAGAGUUUCGGAAGCUCACCUGCCUUAGAAACGGUCAAUCUCUCUUACAACAAGCUCGAAGGACCAAUACCGAAUAACGGCAUGUUAACGACGAUAAACGCGAAUGAUCUGGUGGGCAACGAACGACUUUGUGGAGGCAUACUUAAACCUUGUUCAUCCACUCACAUCGGCAAUUCAAUACGCAAGAAAAUUCACUUUCAUCAUCUCAUUUUCGGAUUCCUUUUCGGGAUUUGCGUGAUUUUAAGCGUCGGAAUAUUAGCAUUCACAGGAAGAUGGCUUUAUCGGAGAUGGUUUCUAUACGGUUUCUUCGAUGGCUGGCUCAUGAAGAGCAGUUUGGAAUGGCCAUGGAGGCUCAUAGGAUUCCAAAGGCUUCAUUUCACAAGUGCAGAUAUCAUGGCUAGCAUUAAGGAAUCGAAUGUGAUUGGAAUGGGCGGAAGCGGGAUCGUCUACAAGGCCACAAUCCACCACCAUCCGUCGCAUUCUGCCGUUGCCGUCAAGAAGCUGUGGCGGUCGGAUCCCGAUAUCGAAAAUGGAGACGACUUGUUUGUAGAGGUGAAUCUUCUCGGUCGAUUAAGGCAUCGAAACAUAGUGAGAUUAUUAGGGUACCUCCACAACGAAACCGACGUUAUGAUGGUUUACGAGUACAUGCCUAACGGGAACCUCGGAGAGGCGUUACACGGGAAGCAAUCGAGCAAAAUGUUGGUCGAUUGGGUCUCUAGGUAUAAUGUUGCAGUAGGCGUUGCUCAAGGGUUGGCGUACCUUCAUCAUGAUUGUCACCCACCCGUCAUUCAUCGUGAUGUCAAAUCCAACAACAUUCUUCUCGAUGCCAAUCUCGAGGCAAGGAUCGCAGACUUCGGAUUGGCAAGAACGAUGGUCCAAAAGAACGAGACUGUGUCAAUGGUGGCCGGAUCUUACGGUUACAUAGCCCCUGAGUACGGUUACACACUGAAGGUUGAUGAGAAAAGUGAUAUAUAUAGUUUCGGUGUGGUGCUUUUGGAGUUGUUAACGGGGAAACAACCGUUGGACCCGUCAUUUCGCGAGUCAACCGAUAUCGUUGAAUGGGUUCGGGAUCGGAUGAACAAACGAGAGUUGGAAGGGACGUUGGAUCCUGAAAUCGGAGGACAAUGCAAUUAUGUGCAGGAAGAAAUGCUUCUGGUGCUACGAAUUGCACUUCUAUGCACCACUAAGCUUCCAAAAGAGAGACCUUCAAUGAGGGAUGUGAUCACAAUGCUUGGAGAGGCAAAGCCAAGAAGGAAAAGUGUUUGUGAUGAUGUUGGUGCCAAAGAGAAGCCCAUUUUUAGCAACUCACCAGUUAUAGGUCUUUUGUAGUUACUACUCUCGUCUAAGUCAGGUGGAAAAUGCGUCAACAAAUAGUGCAUUUUGGCAUGUUGGUUUUUAGAUUUUCAAGAAACGUUGUAUAUGUGUUAUUAUGUACAAAUUGUCCAACCCUUUUGGAGAUUUUGGGCAAAAAACCAAACUCCUUGCUUCUGGGGACAUUGAUCCGAAGCUCGAGUACAGUCCAUGCGUUUUUUGUCGGAAGCAUACGUAGCCAUUUACAAAUAAAGUUAUUGUUAGGAUC